CGCAGCGCGCAUGUGCUCUUCCUCCUCCCCGGGCCGAGUGCUCGUGAGCGAGAGCACCUACGAGCGGCUGCUCUGCCGCCGCUUCGGCGCCGAGCCGCGUGGCCGGAGCGAGGUCAAAGGCAAAGGGCAGAUGGCGACGCUCUUCCUUCUGAACGGGCCGCCCGCCAAGACCCUCGACGAGACGCUAUCUGACAGCGACGACACCCUUUCCGAGGCAUCGAUGGCAUCGGUACGACAGAUGUAGGUCAGGGGUCUCGAGAUGCCGCGCAGGCGUGUAUGGUGUGCACAACACGCACGGAAGUCGGAACGUGAGUGGGACGUGCUGAACGUUGUUAUUCGUAGAGAGUGCGGGGGACGGGAGCUUUAACUUUAUUGUGUUCUCAGCAAA